CUGUACCUCACCUCGCCGCCACCAGUAUUUUUACCACCCUUGCACCUUGUGUGCCUCCCCGGUCGUCCUCCAAGUCCUCUUGACCACUCUCUCCUGUCCAGCGGCCGCAGCGUCACGGGGUUAUCGAUUGCACCGUGCCCUUCAUUCUCUGCUUCUCUCGACUCCUUUCUGCGCUUGCUCAUCGAUCUUCGUUACGUCUGGCACUCGUGUCUCCUCAUACGCAGUCUUUACAGCUACCUCAAAACACAUGGUCUCUCCUGCGCCGUUGGCCCCCGCCAACCCGCCUCUGUCCUAUGCGGAUCGCGCCAAGAAAGCUCAGCAAAAUGCCAGACCAGCCGCACCCCAACAACCACUCUCCCGUGCAUCGUCCCAGGCUACGUCCUCAAUAGUCACCGCUGCCUCCAGCCCUACGGCCUCGCGGCCCAAUGUCGUAUCGCCAUCUGCCUCGAGACCCUCGCUUCCGAUACCUACCGGCACGGAUCCUCGAAUAUCGCCCGCGGCCACUUCUUCUAAGCCAACCUCGCCCUCUUCGGCAGAUCUCUCAUCUAACCCCAGGCCCAACGGUGACGUAAACCACCACCACGGGCCUACCUCCUCGGAUCCGCCCGCACUAUCGACCUCACGGCAGUCCACAGUGCCCCCGGUCAAUGUAUGGGACAAGCGCAAAGCAGAGAUGGCAGCGUCGUCGCGUGCAUCAGCACGAACACAAUCGUCGCAACCCUUGCAGCCCAUGUCUUCGUCUAUCAAUCCCAGCCUAGUUGCCUCAUCAGCCUCUUCUCCACCACCCUCCAGUCUUGACGUCUCAGCUGGACCUUCUGUCAGUGUUUCUGCAGACAUCUCGGUCAAGUCUUCACCCAGCAUGCCUCCCUCGAAUACGAACGGACAUGUUGCCCAUCCGCAUGACUACGACGAUCCUUUCGUGGUGAGGCCUGGCAGGUCACCGUCUGUGUUGAAUCCCACACCACCCUCGAUUACAACUCCUCCUGCGAUUGACGACGCUGAAAGCUGGCCGGAAGUGGGUCAGGCUGCCACAACGCCUAUAAAUGCCGGGAAUGGCCGUGUGGAAGGAAGGGCGAAGGAGACUGGUGAGGACGACAGGGGACAUGAGAGAGAAGGGUCUGGAGGGCAUAGUUCCAGAAAGAGUGAGAAACUCAAGUGGGUCCCAGUGCCCCCCGAAGACCUCCAUUUCGAGGGGCCGGUGCGCAACCCUCACGCAAGACAACGUCCUCACAACACGGAUCGCAGCCAUCCUCGGCAAGCAGGCCGACAAUCUGCUACAGCCUCUUCGUCAUCGGGGCAGGGGUCUCAGCACCAAAGUCGGACGCAUUCUGCAACUGGUCGGCGGCAGACGCCAUCGCAUGCAGGAUCUGUAUCGCAUUCACAAGCGCAGAGUCGAACGGGAAGCGUUCACUCGAGCCCUCGUCAUGCGAGCAUACGCGGAGGCGGACGGCGGCUGCCAGAUGAGUCUAGCGGCCCCGUCUUCGGCGCGAACCGUAGCUUGCGCUCCUCUGCCGCGAACUCCCCCUCGACGUUCGCGCAGCCCAAGCCUCUGCCUGCGGAAUUCAUUCCCGGUGUUGGGCUACGGCCUUAUGUCAACACAAGCGUAACGCACGUCCAACCUUCGGCCCUCAGUGCUGUUCCCGAUUCUGGUGCUGCCGCAGCAACAAGCCCCGCAGAAUUGAACCCGCAUGCUGCGUACUACGCUCCCGCUCCGCAUGCACCCCCGUUUGGCGUAUCCCCAUAUCACUCUCCCCACCCCGCUGGGUCCCCCGCCGGCAACCACUACCCUCUACCACCCAUGGGCUACCCGGGACAGCCUGGUAUACCUCCCCCCAUCUCAAUGUCGGGUUAUGGCACGCCGCCGCCGCCAUACGCCAUGUACUCGCCUUACCCAUACCCCUAUGGCCAGCCGUACAUGUACUGGCCCCCGCCCGGGGUAUCGCUGCCCCCAGCGAUGUCUUCGCCCAUGGGGCACGCACAGCCCGGCGACGGCGUGCCGCCCCCUACCAUGCUCGCGCGACCACCGCCCCCGCACGAAUCUGACGCCGUCGCCGGCUACCGCGAUGUGGGCUUCGCGCUCCCGCCGACGGCGGAGGUCAGCCAACAGGGCCAGGAGGAGGAGGAGCAGCGCCGUGGGCGUCCGCGGGAACUCAGCUUUGGGAGCAUCGGCGCGGGCGCGGAGGGCACGAGCAAGAGCCCCAGCCCCGCCCCCGCUUCGCCUAACUCGGGGUCUGUGCUGGAAGGCGCUGCGCUGGGCCUUGACGUGUUUGGCGGUGGCCAGGCUGCACUGGAGGCUCCUGCGCAGGGUGAUGUAGGGGGAAAAGGGCAGAAGGACGUGUCUGGGAAGGCGCCCACCGUCCUGCUGAUCGGCGUCGCGCCAGGAGAGCCUACCCCCGCGCGGAUCCGCUCGCGCACGCAUUCGAAGGGCCCUGUUGCGUCUGCCUCCGCACAGGCAGAGAUCUCGAUGGCGGGCAAGGAGGGCGAGCUGCCCAGCGCUGCGAGCGAGGAUCCAUUGGCGGCGCUCGCGGACGCGGCCGCGAAGGUGAUCCACCUGACGGACCCUCUGCCGGAGACGAAGUGGGAGUUCGGUACGACGAAGCAGACCGAGGAUGCUGCAGAGCCGCAGGCCGAGUUCGCUCCCCCACUGGGUCCGCCGCCGCCGCCUGCUGCCGACCCGUCUGGGAUCCCUGCGCCGCCGAGCUUCGCUCCAAUGCCCGCUUCUUACGCGAACGCGCCCCCGUUCAUCCCGCCCGUCGGCAUCCCCAGCCAUCCCGUCAACGGCAUCCCCUCUGCGGCUUCGCCGUCCACCUACGUCCCCCCUCGGCAAGCGCAGUCUGUCGCUGAGGACGAGUUCGAGGUGCGCGACUACGGGUAUGGAUUCGGACGUGGGGUCCCGGCGCCGGUGUAUCCCCAGGCGGCUGGUGCUCUCCAUCGCGAGGACAGGCCCUAUCACGGAGGCCGCGACUACCAAGCUGAUCGCGAUCAGCAUUACGGCGGCAGGCCACGCAGAGAGUCCUACAGCGGGUACUACCAACGCGGGACGUACGGCGGGCGGAGGGCCAGAGGACUUGCUGGCGGAUACGGCGGUCGCGGGUACCAGAACCGGCCGUACACCCGCGGAGGGUACAACAGCCAACAGCAGCGUCAGCAGACGUACGUGCCCCCGGUGCAGCCGCCUCCUCAGCCGGAGGUGAACGGAUACUACGCUCCCCCGGUGGCGCCCCUCGCGACGUACAUUCCGCAGGCAUUUGAGGGCUACCCUUACGCCCCGCUGCCCCCUCCACCGCCGCAGGCGCAGAACGCGGGCUCGCAGGGCGCGCCGCUCCCCAUGCCGCAGUCGAACGUGGGCUUCCCGCUGGACUCGACGAGGUACUAUCUGCUGGGCCAGCUGGAGUACUACCUCAGUCCGCAAAACCUGGCGCAGGACUUCUACCUCCGCCAGCAGAUGGACUCGCGUGGGUGGAUACCGAUCGCACUGUUUGCGUCGUUCAACCGCGUGCUCACGCUGACGACGGACGUGCAGCUCGUUACAGAGGUCCUGACGCUCUCUUCGAUGGUCGAGGUCAGGAACGGGCACGUCCGUACGCUGCAGUGGCUGCAGUUCGUGCUCCCCACCGCCAAACAGAGCCAGGUGGAGGACGACGGGUACGUGCUGGCCCAGGACGCUGCUGCCCAAUCCGCGGGCGCCGAGGCUCCUCAAGAUGUGAACCAAAAUCUGGAGGGCGAAGAGGACGAGGAAGAGGACGUUGUCUUCGUUAUGUGAUCUUAUGCCCGGCCAGCUCUGGGACCGUGCUCGUAUGCGCCGCCAACUCUGGGACCGUGCUUGCCCUGCUCAUAGACCUUGGUGCCUUUCCUCUCUUGCCCCUUUUCGCUCCCCCGGCUAUCCUAUCCAGAGUCUCGCUACGCACAUUCUGCUUGCUCCGAGUUCCUUCGUUGUCUGGGCUUUCCGGGACCGCUCACACGCGCUGUACAUAUUGUGCUCACUAUUCGUAUACUUCUCUUAUGCUCUCUGCUGUUCUGUUAUUUCCUGCCGCGUCCUUCCAAGCACUAUCAUAUCAUCAUCGUCGGCUCUCCCACUCACACAUGCACACAUACGUGCGCGCACUGUCACAUAUCCCUCAUUCUGCACAUCACAUCCCCUGAUCGGGUCCCAUUCACCUCAAACGUAUCCGAAAGCCAUAGUCCUCAGAUCCGCAUACACCGUAAUCCCAUCACGAUGACCGCCUGUCUUGUCUCAGUAUCCUUCGCUUCCGACCUCCAUCUCGGGGGCCUACGAUGUUUUGUACUUUUAUGCCGAUCGUGCAUAUAUCCUCGUUCUGUACAUCUUCAGGCUGACUCAGUCUGUCCUAGUCUGGACAUUCACGCUCGAUCGCCUUUCGUUGUUCUCCUCGAGCACUUCCCUUGAUCCCCUUUUCUUCCAGCUCGAUGUCUUCCCUCGCGUCCUCUUAGCCCGUGUUCCAGUAUCGAUGCCCUAAUGUCUCUUCUUGCAUGGCCUGUUGUCUCCGAUGAUCUCUCAUGUCGCGAUGAACACACAAGUACUCUCUCUGUUGCUCCCUCUCGUUGUCUCUCUUGCUGCUGUUCAGUGACUCCUCGCUGACUUGUUGUACGUCAUACAUAUCUCUA